AUGACAGAACGAUCGGCACCAUCGAGGCGGCAGUUCGGACGCCUUGACUCGGAUGCAACUCAGCUCGUCGCUGUUUUCGUCAUAUACAUCCUGUCCAUUGUUUUUGCGUCGCCGACGGAUCGCCUGCAGCCCAACGAAAGCGUCGAUCUGAUCGUUUCGCAUGGACGACAAACUGAGCAACGACUGUUCGGCUCAUUUUCUCCGACAGGCCUUAACUAUGAAGUCCAAGGAGAUGUUGUGCAGGUAGAUCUUGUCAUCAUAACAAGUUACGUUGCAUUUCUACGCGUGAAGUAA